GGAUCAGGUUUUGCAUGUUGUGCCAGAAACAUUUCAGCAAGUCCAGUACCUUCAGCACCUUUGCAGCACUUUACUGCUGGAUUUGUGGAAGCCCCUGCUGCCUGAAGACAUCUGGGCUGGAGAAGACCUGCACAUAAGGGUUCCAGCCCCUCUGGUGCAGGAGGUGAAAGGCAGCUUAGAUCAGCAUGUGAUCUCUUACAAAACCGUAAUACCUGACGUGCAGAAACUCGUGGAUCAGAGCUAUGUCUACACCCAGUAUCACCCAAUGGAAGAGAUUUAUCAGUGGAUGUCUCAGAUCCAGAACAGCAACAGUGAGCUGGUGACUCAGCAGUACCUGGGGAAGACAAUCGAAAAUCGACCAAUGUAUUAUCUGCAGAUCAGUCAACCAUCAGAUAAAACCAAAAAGAUCAUUUGGAUGGACUGUGGGAUUCAUGCCAGAGAAUGGAUCUCUCCAGCCUUCUGCCAGUGGUUUGUGAAAGAAAUUCUUCAAAAUUACAAAUCUGACCCAAAGAUAAGCAGAUUUCUGCAGAAUUUUGACCUCUAUGUCUUGCCAGUCCUCAAUAUUGACGGCUACAUCUAUUCCUGGGAAAAAGAACGUUUGUGGAGGAAAAACCGUUCUCCACAUCUGAAUGGCACCUGCUAUGGGACAGAUCUGAACCGAAACUUCAAUUCCUCCUGGGGCAGUAUUGGUGUUUCUUAUAACUGCAGCAGUGAAAUCUUCUGUGGAUCUGGACCAGAAUCAGAGCCUGAGACAAGGGCUGUGGCCCAGUUUAUUGAAAGAAAGAAGAGUGACAUUUUGUGCUAUUUAACAAUUCACUCCUACGGGCAGUACAUCCUCACUCCAUAUGGUUCCACAACUAAACCUCCGAGUAACAGUGAAGAACUGAUGCAGGUUGCAGAGAAAGCAGCUGCUGCCCUGAUGGGAAAGUAUGGGACCAGCUAUAAAGUAGGAUCAACCUCUUUAGUUUUAUAUAAUAACUCAGGCUCCUCACGGGACUGGGCUCACAUGAUUGGCAUUCCUUUCUCCUACACGUUUGAACUGCGAGACAAUGGUACUCAUGGAUUUAUUCUACCCCCUGACCAGAUCCAACCCACAUGUGAGGAGACUAUGUUGGCUGUGACAACUAUCAUAGACUCUGUUGAUCAGAAGUACUUUCCAGGUGGGGCUGUGACGCUGACCUCCCACAGCCUGGGCCUGAGCCUUUGCCUGAGUGUUGUACUUACAAGGGCUGUUGCUUAA